GCCAGCCCCGGGGUGGAGGGACACACGGACAGGGGACAGCCAGCCCCGGGGGGGACGCGGACAGACGGACAGGGGACAGCCCGCCCCGGGGGUGGGGGGGACAGGCGGCCUGACACGGGGGCAGGAGGACGGGCAGCCACCGGGGGCGCAGGCAGCCGGGGACACACGGACACACGGGGACAGACAGCCCAACGCGGGGACAGACGGACAAGGUGACAAGGCGCGGGGGGGGGCACCUCCAGCCCCCCCCAUCCUCAGCCAGGCGCACCCCGCCGGGGGCACCCCCGGGGGAGGCGAGCGGAGGGGGAGACCCCCCCCAGUGUCCCCCCUUCCCCGGCACCGGGAGCGGGGCUGCGUGGAGCCUCCCGCAGCGGCUCCUCCGUGCGGCCGCGCACCGGGAACGGCGGGCGGGGAGAGCCCGGCACGGCGGCUGCUCCGCCGCCUUCCCUGGCCGGGGAUGCAGCCCGGAGCCGCGGGGAGCCGUGUACCGACACUCCAGGGCACAGCGACCCGAAACCCAACUGGGGCCGCGUGUCCCCAAAGGGAUUUGAAGCUGGGCCAAGCGGCGAUGGGAAUGUCAUUGUCGUGGCACGGGGGCCCGGCGAAGUGAAGGCUGCGCCGCAGGGACGGGAGUGGGACGCUGCUGCGCCCGGCUUUGCCCUGCAGCCGGAGAGGGGGACAGCCCCGAAAAACCAGUGCAGCCCUGGUCGGAGGGGACAGCGAGAGGACGGUGGGGUUCAUCCACGCUCCCACGGGCAGUGAGGGCCACGGGACAAUACUUCCUGGGGACCGGGAGCCGUCCCACCGCCUGCUUGGGGUUCGGGACAUCGGCCUUUUGACCGGACUCUGGUGUCCAUCCAAGCCCGAUGAGGAGCCGGGGCUGCACAUGAACCUAUGCAGACCAGGAAGAAAUACAUUUUCCUGACUUUCCUUGCCUCUUGGCUCCUGCUUUUCUUCUUUGGAGGAGACCAGCUGCGCCGUUUCGCUUUCUUUUCCGGGAGGAAAGCCGAAGCCCAGAGGAACUGGCCCCACUGGACGGAUCGGUCCCUCCUCAAAAGCUUUGCAGACCCCGAGUUGCUCCAGAGCGAUGGGGACCCCUCGCUGCCAUCACCCCGGGAGCGGCGGGCGGCACGGCUGAGCGUCUACAAGAACAGCGGAUGCCGGAUGGAAACCUGCUUCGACUUCUCCAGGUGCGAGAAGAACGGCUUCAAAGUCUUCACCUACCCCCGGGAGAGGGACCAGCCCCUCUCGGAGAGUUACAGCAAAAUCCUCACCUCCAUCGAGCGCUCUCGCUACUACACCCCGAACCCCGCGGAAGCCUGCCUCUUCAUCCUCAGCAUCGACACGCUGGACCGCGACCAUCUCUCGGGUCAAUACGUCCGUAACGUCGAUGAGAAAAUCCGUGGUUUCCCGCUCUGGAAUGGCGGCCGUAACCACCUCAUCUUCAACCUCUACUCGGGCACCUGGCCCAAUUACACCGAGGACCUGGGUUUUGACAUCGGCCAGGCCAUCCUGGCCAAAGCCAGCUUCUACACUGAGAACUUCAGGCCCGGCUUUGACAUCUCCAUCCCUCUCUUCUCCAAGGACCACCCACAGCGCGGCGGGGAGAGGGGGUGGUUGUACCAGGACUCCAUCCCCCCAAAAAAGAAAUACUUGUUGGUGUUCAAGGGGAAGCGGUACCUGACCGGCAUCGGCUCCGGCACCAGGAACGCGCUGCACCACAUCCACAACGGAAAGGACAUCGUCUCCCUCACCACCUGCAAGCAUGGCAAGGACUGGGAGAAGCACAAGGACACGCGCUGUGACAAGGAUAACGUCGACUACGAAAAGUUCGACUACCAGGAGCUGCUGCACAAUUCCACCUUCUGCAUCGUGCCCCGGGGCAGGCGCUUGGGCUCCUUCCGCUUCCUGGAAGCACUGCAGGCCGCCUGCAUCCCGGUGCUGCUGAGCGACGGCUGGGAGCUGCCCUUCGCCGAAGCCAUCGACUGGAGCAAAGCUGCCGUCGUGGGCAAUGAGCGGCUGCUGCUGCAGAUCCCCUCCGCCGUCCGCUGCAUCCACCCGGAGCGGGUGCUGGCUUUCCAGCAGCAGACCCAGUUCCUCUGGGACGCGUACUUCUCCUCCGUCGACAAGAUCGUGCACACCACGCUGGAGAUCAUCAAGGACCGGCUGCUCCCACACCAUUCCCGCUCCCGCUUCCUCUGGAACACGCUGCCUGGGGGGCUCCUGGCCCUGCCUGACUUCUCCACCCACCUCGGGGACUUUCCCUUCUACUACUUGCAGCACGGCUCAAGCCCCUCGGAGAAAUUCACAGCUUUCAUCCGGGCCGUCUCGCCAGCCGACUCCCUCUCCCAGCCCAUCCUCAGGCUCAUCCAGGCCGUCUCCGGAUCCCAGUACUGCGCCCAGAUCCUGGUGCUGUGGAGCUGCGAGAAGCCACCGCCGCCCAGCGGGAAAUGGCCCCAGACCACCGUGCCUCUGACCAUCAUCCAGGGCAGGGGGAAGCUCAGCGACCGCUUCUUCCCCUACGCGGCCAUCCAGACGGACGCCGUGCUCAGCUUGGAUGAGCACACCAGCCUCUCGACCAGCGAGGUGGACUUUGCCUUUGUGGUGUGGCGCAGCUUCCCUGAGCGCAUCGUGGGCUUCCCCACGCGCAGCCACUUCUGGGACCCCGAGCAGAGGCGCUGGGGCUACACCUCCAAGUGGACCAACGAGAUCUCCAUCGUCCUCACCGCUGCCGCCUUCUACCACAGGUAUUAUCACAGCCUCUUCACGGAGUUCCUGCCGGUGGGGCUGCGGGAGCUGGUGGAUGGCCUGGCCACCUGCGAGGACAUCCUGAUGAACGUCCUUGUGGCCGCUGUCACCAAGCUGCCGCCCAUCAAGGUCACCCAGCGGAAGCAGCACAAGGAGACGGUGUCCCAGCAGGUAGGGUGCAAGGAUGGGGAUGCGGGGACCCCCCCGGUUGGGGAGCGGAGCCCCUCACCCCCACGCUCCCCUCCUGCCAAGGUGAAGGGCACGGCGGGGACGGCCGGCGGCCGGCGUUUCUCCCAGCAGCAGGACUGCCUCAACCAGCUGGCGGACUGGUUCGGCUACAUGCCCCUCAUGUCCUCCCAGUUGCGCCUCGACCCCGUCCUCUUCAAGGACCAGGUCUCCGUCCUGCGCAAAAAAUACCCGCGCUUGGAGAAACCCUGAGGGCUGCCGGGGAGCAGGGUCGGGGCCGGCUCCGGGUGCCCUAUUCCCGGUGCACGGAGCCCUCCCGGAGCAGACGGUCGCUGCUGACGGGAUUUUACUCGUUAUUGGGUUUUACUUGUUAUUGGGUUUUACCAGUGCAAUAAAGGUGGGUGGAGAGGCAGAGUCUGGCCAGCGGAUGUAGGAUGCGGGGAGCGGGAUGUGCCCGGCAGGGAGCACCGGGAGCACCAGCGGUUUGGUACACCGGUGCUUCUGCCAUCGGCGGCCACCCGGGCA